GGAGGGGCCCCGUGGGAGAGGCGGCGGAGCCUCAGUUCGGCAGCUCCAACGGCGGCAACGGCUGGUGGCACGGCGCCCCCAGCGGCGCGGGCGGACCCUCGUCGACCUCCGGCGCGGGGGCCCGCAGCAGCGCCGGCGCCGGCGGCGGCGCGCUUGAGCGGACGGUCACGCGGAGCGACGUCUCCCUGCGACUGAUGAGCCCACCAGAGGGCGCCGCCCGCGGCGGCCUGUCCCCGCGCGGCGCUGCCGCCGGCCUCGGCGGCGCCGGCGACCAGCCAGAGCUCUCGCACUUCGAGGCCGCGGUCGCCGCGGCGAUCGAAGACCUCCGGCCCGGCGCCCGCGCCGCGCGCGGCGGCGCCCACGGGCCGCCCGCGGCCGCCGCUGCGGCGGCGUCUUGCUCGCCCGGCGCCGCGCGGGACGUGCGGCAGAGGGUCCUUUUCCUCGCCCGCUUUGGCUUCUUAUUGGACGACGUCGUCGGGGACGAGGUGGAAGAUCUCCUGAAGCUCACCCACCCCCGGCCCCGCGGCCCCAAGCGCGCCGCCGCCGAGACCCCCGCGGGCGCCCUGUCGGCCGCGGCGCGCGCGGUCGCGCGCUGCACGCCGGGCGCGGCUGGCUACUACGCGGUGAGCGCGGUGCACCGGCUGGCGAUGGCGGCGCUGUUUGGAGGCUUCCACUACCGCGACUCGUCGGAGACGCAG